CUUCAAGCCGGGCAGCUUGUGGAACUCAAGUGAGGAAAAGCGUGAAGAUGGCUGCUGAAGAUAUCGCACAGUUGGCAGAUUGCUUGGCAAAGGCAAACGUUGGAGACGGAGAGCUGAGCUUUAAAGGGAAAACUCUGAAACUCAACACUGCCCAAGAUGCCGAAGAAGUGAUUCGGGAAAUUGAAGAAUAUGAAGGGCUGCAGGCUCUGCGUCUGGAAGGCAAUACUGUGGGAGUGGAGGCAGCUAAAGCAAUAGCCGAAGUUCUGCAAAGGAAACCUGAUCUGAAGCGUUGCCACUGGAGUGAUAUGUUUACAGGGAGGUUAAGGCCCGAGAUUCCAACUGCUUUGAGAUCUCUUGGUGAUGCUUUGAUUACAGCUGGAGCUCAAUUGACUGAACUGGACUUAAGUGACAAUGCAUUUGGACCUGAUGGAGUGCGUGGAUUUGAAGCUCUUCUCAAAAGUCCAACUUGUUUUACUCUACAGGAGCUCAAACUGAACAACUGUGGAAUGGGAAUUGGGGGAGGAAAGAUCCUGGCUGCAGCACUAACAGAGUGCCACAAGAAGUCUAGCGCCCAUGGUAAGCCUCUGGCAUUGAAAGUGUUCAUAGCAGGAAGGAACCGCUUGGAAAAUGAUGGUGCCACUGCACUCUCUGAGGCUUUUCGGCUCAUCGGCACCUUGGAGGAAGUACACAUGCCUCAAAAUGGCAUUAAUCACGCUGGCAUCACCGCUUUGGCAGAAUCUUUUAAAGCCAACUCUUUGCUGAAAGUGAUUAACCUUAAUGAUAAUACUUUCACAGAAAAGGGUGGCGUCGCUAUGGCUGAGGCAUUAAAGACACUCAGGCAAGUGGAAGUAAUCAAUUUUGGGGACUGUUUGGUCCGCUCAAAGGGAGCACAGGCUAUAGCGUCUGCACUUAAAGAAGGGCUUCAUAAAUUAAAGGAUCUUAACCUUUCCUAUUGUGAAAUUAAAGCAGAUGCAGCCGUGAGUUUAGCAGAAUCGGUGGAAGAUAAGUCUGACUUAGAGAAAUUGGAUUUAAAUGGAAAUUGUCUUGGUGAGGAGGGCUGUGAGCAGGUGCAGGAAAUCCUAGAGAGCAUUAACAUGGCCAACAUAUUAGGCUCUUUAAGUGAUGAUGAGGGUGAUGAGGAUGAGGAUGACGAUGAUGAUGAUGAUGAUGAUGAUGAAGAUGAUGAUGAUGAAAAUGAUGAUGAGGAAGUUGAGGAGGAGGAAGAAGAAGUAGAGGAGGAGGAAGGAGGAGAUAAUGAAAACAAAGAGAAGUCCAAAGAAAUUCCAUGCUUAAGUGGAUCAGCACCAGCUUCUCCACCUAAACUUCCUGUUGAUGCAUCCACCUUUCUUAGCUUUCCUUCCCCAGAGAAACUUGUGCGCAUGGGUCCUAGACGUUCUGCAAUGAUAGCACAACAGGUCAAUGUUGCAGAUACAGAAAAGGUGGUCCAAGCUUUCAUUCAGGUCUCCUCUGUGUAUAGGGAGGAUGGUGAAAUAAAGGCGGCUGUUGAAGAAACUAUUGAUGGUUUAAUGAAGGAGGCUUUUGAAAACAGAGGUUUCCAAGCAAAUGUGUUUAUCACUAGUCUACUGGUGCAAAUGGGACUUCUUAAGAGUGAAGACAAAAUGAAAACAAUACCACACUUAAAUGGCCCUUUGCUAACUCUGAAUCACAUGGUACAGCAGAAUUACUUCCCAAAGUCUCUUGCUUCUACUCUUCUUGCUUUCAUCUCCAAGCCCAACGGUGUCCUGGAAAAUAACGCCAGUGCCAGACACACAUUGCUGUGCAACCUUCAUAAUCUGUAACCUGCUUUGCUUCAACUGGACUAAACUUUACCCAGACCACAAAAUGUAAAAGCUCUUCGAAUCACGUUCUGUAAAAUCAAGGAUUUUUUAGGCCAAAUAGAUGGUGAAUCAGUUCCUUCUAGUCUUACCUACAGGGGCCCCCAUUCCAGUCUUUCUGUUUACAUUUGAAAAGAACUGUUCACCUCUCAGUACCUUGAGGAUCCAGAGGCCAAGAUUGGACUCCAAUGAGGACAUUUUUAUAGGUUCAUCGAGUAAUAUCAUUGGACAGUUCUCAUAGUUACAUUGAGUGGCACGCCUGUGUUUGAUGCCACUUUGUAAAUUAUUUUAGGGACAGUAAAAGUACUGUAUGCUACUUCAUCAUUAUCAUAAGCCAUUGAAUGUGUAUACACUGUAUUCUUUCCUGGAACCGUGAAGCUAUUCUGGAAAUCUGGUGCAGUUACAUAUUUAGCCCUUGUAAAUUCAGAAAAUCUACUUCUGUUCCUGCUCUAUGCUUUGGCCUGUCUGUCUGGAAGGGUUAAAGCUUAAGGAAAGCUCAAGGAUAGUGAUCAAAGGGUAACCGGUUACUCUUAUUUACAUUUGUCUACACUGCAAAUCAUAUUCAUGUUUUAUUUAACUUGUAGCUUUGUUCUGAAAUGCCUGUGCAGUUAUUAGUUGACACAAUAGAAUUGCAAUGAUGCUCAGUCCUUCUUAUUCUGUAAUUGUUCUACAGGAAGGAUGUACCGUGGGCCUUACAGAUACAUAAUAUGAUGAUACCUGAUGGCUGGAAGGUAUUGCUGCUGUUCCUGUAUAGUUUUGUAUGUAGGGCUGAAUCCUCUUCGGUGCCUACUUUUUUAUAGACAUUUGACUUUGAAUUAGUCAUCUAAAAAUUUUUUUACAUCUAUUGGAGUAGAGUUGAAAGUAACUUUGCAAAAGCAAAACGCAUCCAGCAAUGCUUCUGCCUACUCACUGAAAUUGCAGGCAGAAGUGUUUGAGACUUUUCUUAUAAACGUUAAAAAAAAUUGGUGGACUUUGUCAGUAACUGUACCGUUAUAAAUCAAAAAA